GCUCGUAUGCUCGGCGGCCCCGGCGGCUAGAGCGUCCUUACUCAGCUCGUAUGCUCGGCGGCCCCGGCGGCUAGAGCGUCCUUCUCCUGGGGAGCCGCGUGUGACCUUCCCGCCCGCGGACCGAUGCUGCUGGCGGCCGCUCGCCCCCUCUGGGGGCCGUGUCUCGGGCUUCAGGGCGCUGCGCUCCGUCUCGCCAGGCAACAGGUGCCCCGCGUCUGCACUGUGAGGCUGAUGAGAUGCGGCGGCCAUCGAAUGGGGGAGGCCCUCGCCGGUGCACCCCUGGAUAACGCGCCCAAGGAGUAUCCCCCGAAGAUCCAGCAGCUUGUCCAGGACAUCGCCAGCCUCACACUCCUGGAAAUCUCAGAUCUCAACGAGCUUCUGAAGAAAACACUGAAGAUCCAGGAUGUUGGACUCAUGCCGAUGGGCGGCACAAUGCCCGGAGCUGCCCCUGCCGCAGCAGCACCCCCCGAGGUGGUGGAAGAAGACAUCCCCACACAAAAAGAACGGACACAUUUCACUGUCCGCCUAACAGAGGCAAAGCCCGUGGACAAAGUGAAGCUGAUCAAGGAAAUCAAGAACUACAUCCAGGGCAUAAACCUCGUCCAGGCAAAGAAGCUGGUGGAGUCCCUGCCCCAGGAAAUCAAGGCCAAUGUCGCCAAGGCCGAGGCAGAGAAGAUCAAGGCAGCCCUGGAGGCGGCGGGCGGCACCGUGGUUCUGGAGUAGGCCAGCUCUGAGGACUGGUGGACAAGGGUCCCUGGGACCUGGGCGAGGCCCCCCUGUCUGGGACCCGCUGGUGGGAGCAGCCUCCGAACAGAACUACGGCACUGGCACCCCUGGGCCAAUUCCGUUCUGGGCCGGGCGGAUGGACCGGCUGAGCCUGGGGGCGUGGCUCCUGCGUGAGCACCAGGGAGACGGACUCUAGAACUUACUGCGGUCAACAUGCACCCCCUGGUGGCCACUGAGAAAAAUACAUUGUUUGGGC